AUGGCGAUACUGAUGGUGGCAGAGAAACCAUUGUUAGCCGAAUCCAUUAGCAAGUUUUUGGCGACAGGGCCCAUCAACACACGACGGGGGAUUUCAGGGUUUGUUCACGAGUUCAUGUGUAACUUCAGAGGGCGCCCACAGAAGGCGAAAAUGACAGCGGUAGCGGGUCACGUAUACACAUGUGAGUUUGAGGCAGACUUCCAAAAGUGGAGUGUCGACCCCGAAGCGCUCUUUUCAUGUAAAGUCAAAAAAGAAGAGGCGAACCCUAAAACACACAUUCCAGCUCAUCUAAAGAACGAAGCAAAGGGGUGCAGCGCGAUAGUGUUGUGGCUUGAUUGUGAUAGAGAAGGGGAGAACAUUUGCUUUGAAGUGUUAGAUAACACAGUGGACUACAUGCAAAAGGGGUGUCGUAUAUAUCGCGCCAUUUUCAGUUCAAUUACUAAAAAUGAAAUUGUGAAGGCAUUCAAUAAUUUGGGAAGCCCUGACCCAAGACUUGCCGAAGCAGUCGAUGCGCGACAAGAAAUUGAUUUGAGAGUAGGAGCCGCUUUCACCCGACUCCAAACAACAUUUUUGAAAGAGAAGUUCCCACGGAUGGGAGACGCACUUGUCUCGUUUGGUCCAUGUCAAACACCGACGUUAGGGUUUUGUGUGCAACGAUAUAAAGACAUUCUCAAUUUUGUUCCAAAGGCGUAUUACAUUGUUAAAGUGAAUGUCAACGACUUGAGUGGCCGCUCCAAAAAGUUGAAAUUAGAAAAUCGGUUUGACGACAAAGCAAAGGCAGACGCUGUUCUUGAAGAGUGCCGGAGUUGUUCUGGAAUAGUAAAGAAAAUGAAUGUCACGGAGUCUCGAAAGAGUCGACCGACUGGGUUAAACACAGUUGAGAUGCUGAAAGGAGCAUCACUACGGUUAGGAAUGAGUCCGUCGGACACGAUGCACAUAGCAGAGAAGUUAUACACACAAGGAUAUAUCUCAUACCCAAGAACAGAAAGUACAAAAUUUUCACAACAUUUUGGGUUUGACAGUAUUUUAGCCGAACUUGGGAGCUCAACACAGUUUGCAGAAAAGGUCCAACUUGUGCGAGCGAAUGGAAUUAAUGUGCCAAAAGGUGGUGAAGAUAAAGGAGACCAUCCUCCAAUAACUCCAUUGACAUAUCCACAAUUUGCUUUAGGCGAUGGGGAAAUGCGGUUGUAUCAGUACAUAUGCAAUUCAUUCUUGGCGUCCCUUUAUAAAGACGCUGUGUUCCAAAAGGCAAGUGUGUCAAUCGAAUUUGGGAAGUAUAGCUUUAGUGGGAGUGGCAAGAUCUUGAAAGAUCCGGGAUUCCUUAAAAUGACUACUAAACUUGAUGACGACGAUGAUGAAGAGGACGACGCUAUCAUGCCGGAUUCAUUCAAAUUGAAUGAAAAAAUAGAGGGAGGAAAAUUCGAGAUCAAUAAGGGGAUGACUACAUGCCCGGACUAUUUAACUGAGUACGAGCUUAUCACGCUGAUGGAGAAAAACGGAAUUGGAACAGACGCAAGUAUCCCCGUACACAUUGGGAAUAUCAUUAAUAGAGGGUAUGUCACCUUGAACGGCGCGAAACGAACAUUACAACCGACAAAACACGGACUUGCAUUAACGAAAACGUAUGACGCGAUAGAGAAGAAAUUGGUGAGUCCAGAAAUCCGAGCACAUAUUGAGAGUAAUGUGUGUAGAAUUGCGGAGGGCAAAGCGGAUAUGGACUCUGUGAUCAGCGAAGCGUUGGAAGUCUUUGAAAACACGUUCUUGAAGUUGCGAAAGAACUUGAAAGUACUUGAAGACAAUUUUGGCGAGUUGUACCAAGUGCAGGAUCAAAGCCGGUCGUUUUCAAAUUGUGGGAAGUGUGGGCGGAUGUUGAUGAAAGUGAUAUCAACAGACACGUACCUGAUGUGUAACACUUGUGCAAAGAAGUAUGAACUGCCACAAAAGUGUACAUAUACACAAAACAGUGUUUCGUGCCCCAUCUGCAAUUUCGAGACGGUGAUGACUACAACAAAGGAUUUCAGCAAGAAGGAGUUGAUAUGUCCAAAUUGUUACAAUUCAAAGAACGACUAUAUGGCAGAAGACCACAGCGGUUGUCUGAAUUGCAUGAACCCCAAAUGUAAAUUCAGUCGGGAGUAUACUAAAGUAUGUCUCUGCAGUGUGUGUGGUGGGGAGAUGUGCCUUUCGCUGCUUCAGAACAAAUACAGUUGUUUCUGUUGUACUUGUGAAAGCCAUAUUGAAUGGAGCGCUGAUGUUAAAAAAGCCACAAUUGGUGUUCCUUGUGAGAAGUGCAAACAAUAUCAUACCAUCGAUAUUACUCUCAAGAACGGACAGACUGUUACUGGCUGCCUUCAAUGUGACCUUCCAAUAAAAAAAUUGUCUGACAUCAAAGCAGUGUUUCCUGGUGAAGAAAAACGUGGUGGACGUCGAGGAAGAGGUGUGUAUCGUGGGAGAGGUGGAUUUUCAUCAAGAGGUCGUGGAGGCUCUCACGCAUCUUCUCGCGGUGGUUCUUCAAGUCGAGGACGUGGUGGCAAUACAAGAGGAAGAGGUGGUCGAGGUAAUUAA